AUGACCACAUUAUUCUCUCAAUGGUUGCCUCUUUCUACCGCGCUUUUAGUAUCAGUCAUCGAGUACCUCCCCAGCCCGAAGGCAGCUCAGGCCUCUCGAUUACCACCAAUGAUCGAAGAGUCUCCUGGGUCGAAGUUCGUGGAUCCGAAGGUGAAGGACGCUAUGGUUGAGUUCAAGACCGGCUCGGGUGAGCCAGUGGUCGCCUAUGUCAGCAAGAUGGCCGCUAUCCCGGAGAGUGAACUAUUGUCUAGUAAGAAGAAAUCCGGAGGUACUAUGUCUGCGGACGAAGCUAGAGAAAUUGCUCGGAAGAAGCGAGAAGAGAUUGCCAAGAUGCAGGCAGAGGCCAGUAACAACCAGGAAGACGAUUUCUCAAGAAUCACAUCGGCGUUUGAACAGGUUUCAGUGAACGACACCGACAAGGAUGACCAUGAGCAGAAGGAAGAUCCUGAACACCUGAUUGGAUUCGCACGUCUCUAUUCUGGAACUCUCUCUGUAGGAGAUUCUGUUUAUGUUCUGCCGCCCAAGUUCUCGCCAGAAAACGCCCACGCAAGCCCGGAGCCGAAAAGGGUGAUCGUAACAGAUCUCUAUCUGCUCAUGGGAAGGAGUCUCGAGCCUCUUCAGUCUGUGCCCGCAGGAGUUGUCUUUGGAAUUGGAGGCCUUGCCGGUCACAUUCUCAAGACAGGUACUCUUUGCUCACAACUGGAGGGAGGUAUCAAUUUGGCAGGUGUCUCUUUGGAUACACCACCGAUUGUGCGAGUUGCGCUUGAGCCGGCAAAUCCGUCCGAUCUCGGUAAGAUGGUUACAGGCUUGCGUCUCCUCGAGCAAAGUGACCCAUGCGCGUUGUACGAAGUGCUUCCGAAUGGUGAGCAUGUUAUUUUGACUGCAGGUGAACUGCACCUCGAACGCUGCCUCAAAGAUCUCCGUGAACGAUUUGCCAAAUGCGAUAUUCAAACCGGCGAGACCAUCGUUCCAUAUCGAGAGACCAUCAUCAAUGCACCAGAAAUGGCGGCUCCGAAGAACCCCGAGCUUGGACGAGGAGGCGUAUUGACCGUUUCGGCAUCGAAGCAGCUGACAAUUCGCCUACGCGUGGUUCCUUUGCCAUCAGUAAUAACGGAAUUUCUCACAAAACACGUCGGCACUAUCAAGAAGCUCCAGUCAGAGAAACGCACCGCCAAAGCAGAGACUGCAAAUGGAAGCCUUCCUUCAGACAGCACGCAGCAGGAUGAAGCGACUGACGCCGCAAUUGAAGCUAGAGAGGGUGCCCUACUUUCACUGGAGGAUUUUAAGAAGGAGCUCAACAAGCUCUUCGCAGAUGAAGUCAAGGAAGAUACUGAGCUAUGGAAGGAUGUUGUGGAGAGGGUCAUAUCAUUUGGCCCUCGACGAAUCGGCCCUAACAUCCUCGUUGACGCAACCGCAGUCAACACAUGCGAGAAAUUCCUUCUCGAUGACCCCAGACAACAACCGAGCGCCCUUCCAGAAACCGCCAGCCGCGAUGCCCUUAUCGUCCGCGAUUUCUGCGACAAGAUCGCCUACGCCUUCCAACUCGCCACAGCACAAGGUCCACUGUGUCAAGAACCUAUCCAAGGAACAGCCGUAUUCCUCGAGGAGAUCCAGAUCAACGCCGAAGACGAACUCGACCUUGGCCGCCUAACAGGAGAAACAAUCCGCCUCGUCCGCGAAAGCAUCUCGCAGGGUUUCCUAGAGUGGAGCCCCAGGAUCAUGCUUGCUAUGUACAGUUGUGAAAUCCAAGCUUCUACCGAAGUCCUCGGCCGCGUCUACGGCGUCAUCACCCGCCGCCGCGGCCGCAUCCUCUCCGAAACAAUGAAAGAAGGAACGCCCUUCUUCACAAUCCUCUCGCUCCUCCCCGUCGCUGAAUCCUUCGGUUUCGCCGAGGAAAUCCGCAAACGCACCUCCGGCGCCGCGCAGCCGCAGCUCAUCUUCGCGGGUUUCGAGGCCCUCGACGAGGACCCCUUCUGGGUCCCCGCGACGGAAGAGGAACUAGAGGAUCUAGGCGAGCUUGCGGACCGCGAGAAUGUCGCGAAGCAGUAUAUGGAUGCUGUGAGGGCGAGAAAAGGAUUGUUUGUUCAGGGCCGCAAGUUGAUUGAUGCGGAAAAGCAGAAGACGUUGAAGAAGUAG